CUAAAACCAGAAAGAGGAUGAAUGAGAAUCAGAAGAGUCCUCAACGUUAACUGUUCAACAAGUUCUCUCCUUUUGUCCUUUAACAGAGAGAAACACGAAAGGUUGAAUCUUGAAAUUAUUAGGGUUUCUCUGUCUAUAAAGAAAUUUCUCUUUAAAAGUUUCUCCUUUUUCCCUGUAAAUUCUAAAUUCAAAGCUUACGUUUUUUCUAUUGCUUUCUUUGAAACUCUAGAUCUAAUCUUGCUACUCACAAAGUUCCUACUAUGUCGCUAAAAUCAUCUGCCGGUUAUGGCACCAUCCCUUCCACCACUACUACGACCACUCAACCCCCAACUACAACUGCUACUUCCCUCACGUUCAUUUCACGCGCCACUACUGCAACCCAAACAAUUAUGGCCACUCGCCGCCCGUGGAGGGAACUUCUCAAUCUUUCUUCUUUGUCUCGCCCUUAUAGUUAUGGAGAAGCAAUUUCUCGGAUCAAGUACAAUCUUAACUACUUUCGGGUAAAUUACGCCAUGGUAUUCUUAUUCAUUCUGUUCUUAAGCCUUCUUUGGCACCCUGUCUCUAUGAUCGUUUUUAUUAUAAUUUUCAUAGGCUGGUUUUUCCUUUACUUCUCUCGAGAGGGUCCGAUUGUGUUGUUUAACAGAACUUUUGAUGAUAGAGUGGUGUUGCUUGCGCUUGGAUUGGUUACUAUCGUAGCAUUGGUGUUUACUCAUGUGGGAUUGAAUGUCUUGGUUGCUUUGACUAUUGGAGUUGUAGUUGUUGGCAUUCAUGGUGCUUUUAGGAAUACUGAGGAUUUGUUUCUUGAUGAAGAGAGUGUUGCAGAAGGUGGGUUGCUAUCUGUUGUUGGAAGUCAGCCUCUGAGGCCCACAACAUAUACCCGGAUUUGAGUUUUAUUUUAGAUUUUGCUUGUGGCGAUUUGCAGUUUGUUUUGAAAUUAGUAUGGCUGUUUCAUUUUGGUUUGGUGUUAUUGGAAAAAAUUGGUGGUUUUAGGUGGGUUGUUGAUAACUUCUUAUUAUCGGUUUGUGUUUUGUGGGUGACUGAAAUGGUCUUAAUGGAGAUGGAGAUGGAUUGGUAUUGCAAUGCUGCAAAUUGACAAGAAUGCAAUUUUUAAGAUUGAAUUGGGAUCGGGGAUAUGUUGGUUGGUAGCAUCUUCAAAGGAGGUUAUGUCUUUGUUAUCUUUUUUCAAAAUUCUUACCUUGGGAAUUAACUUUGUUUUAGUCAUUUGAUGCUAUUACUAAUUUGUGAAUUUCAGUCAACCAUUAAUGGAAAGUUAUAGUUUUUUCUUAUUUUAAUA